UAAGGAUUCAUUUUUAUCGCAACUAAGGAGUCACUUGUUUUGUUUCUUUCUUUAUAAUACCCGCGUGCAGUCGCUUCUAGUCGCUGUCCUACCUACCUCCUAUAUCGCAUUCCCUCCCGCAUAUCGCUCGCCCGGCGCCAAUAUGGCCAUAGCAAGGCCUAUUCGGCUCCUAGGGGCCUUUUCAAUCUUGCUUGUGCUAGUUGUCGUCUUUUACAUUUCACAUCCAACGCAGACAUUUAUCAACCUCGGCAGUAGACUCAAAGAUGGAAUGACUAGGGAUCCAUUAUUAGACCCGACGGGGGAACCGGAAGGUAUACUAUGGCGAGCAGAAGACAAUGACUACUCUCCAGACAGUGAGAACUCCGCCCGCAUCAAUGCGACGCUCCUUUCGCUGGUUCGAAAUGAAGAACUCAAUGAUCUCAUCAAGACCAUGGAAGAUCUGGAACGGACAUGGAACCACAAGUUCAACUAUCCCUGGACAUUCAUGAACGACAAACCCUUCACAGAAGAAUUCAAGCGGAAGACGCAAGCUGUAACGAAGGGAAAAUGUCAUUAUGAACUUGUACCGAAGGAGCAUUGGGAGGAACCAGAGUGGAUUGACGGAGAACUAGUAAAGGAAUCGAAUAAGAUGCUCGAGGAAGCCGGAAUCCAAUAUGCCGACAAGUCCUCUUAUCACCGAAUGUGUCGUUGGAACAGUGGCAUGUUCUACAAGCAUCCGGCUCUAGCUAACACGCGCUACUAUUGGAGAGUAGAACCCAAAGUGCAGUUUUUCUGCAACAUCGAUUAUGACGUGUUCCGAUUCAUGCAAGACAACAAUAAGACAUACGGCUUCACAAUCAACCUUUUCGAUGCACCCGAAAGUAUUCCGACUCUUUGGCCAGAGACCGAACGUUUCCUUGCGGAGCAUCCUGAGUACCUCGCCGAUAAUAACAUGAUGGAAUGGCUUGUGGAUGACAAGUUGCGGCCAGAGCAUAAUAAGAAGGCUAAUGGAUAUUCUACCUGUCAUUUCUGGUCAAACUUUGAAAUUGGUGACAUGGACUUUUUCCGUGGCGAAAGAUACGAAGCCUAUUUCAACCACCUUGACCGUGCCGGUGGAUUCUUCUAUGAACGAUGGGGCGAUGCUCCUGUUCAUUCCAUUGCCUUGGGCCUGUUCGAAGAUGCCAGCAAGGUGCAUUGGUUCCGAGAUAUCGGUUACCGUCAUAUACCCUACUUCAACUGUCCCAACUCGCCUAAGUGCUCUGGCUGUAAAGCUGGGCAAUUCUACGAAGGUGCAAGUUUCCUAGCCAAGGAAGACUGUCGACCGAACUAUUUCAAAUAUGUCGGUACCCACUAGUUACGUGUCAUGAUCUCUCGAUUCCAAGGUGCUUCAUUUUGCAUUCAUUCCUGCUUGGACUGUGAAUGAGCUGGUGAAUAUGUUAUAUUGCUUGACAAACCAUGAAACUACUACACUAUAUACAUGCGGGCUGGCGUAUCGGGGUCUUUUGAUGUGCAUUCCAGAUUAUGCACAUUCUACAAUAUUUCUCUGUAUCUAUACUUGAUCUGUCUUUUGAUUGUACCAUCUGCUAUGCUGUCCACAGCAAGGUGUUACUUGUUCUUAAAUAUCUUUAGAGUUAUUAGCAAUAAUAUUGGACC